UUUUUUUUUUUAUUUCUUUCUUUUUAUUACAUUUAUACAUAAAAAGGGAAAUCUCUUUCCUCUUUUUUAUUUUUCUUACAUCCUCUUUUUUUUUUUUUUUCUACAAAAGACCUCUCCAUCUCUUUCUUUUUAUUUCGUUCAUCUUUUUUUUUUUCUGUACUUUAAAAAAAAAAGAUUAAAGAAGAUAAAUAAAACACUCUUAUUUAUACAUAGAAAAUGACUGCCAUUAGUUCUGUUGCAGAUGUUGAUGCUUGGAUUGCCCAACUUUCUGAAUGUAAACAAUUACCAGAGUCAGAAAUCAAAAAAUUAUGCGAAAAGGCACGUGAAAUCCUCAUGGAAGAGUCCAAUGUUCAACCUGUGCGAUGUCCUGUAACUGUGUGCGGUGAUAUUCAUGGUCAGUUCCAUGACUUGCAAGAGUUGUUCCGUAUUGGAGGUAACUCACCCGACACCAACUAUUUGUUUAUGGGUGAUUAUGUUGAUAGAGGAUAUUAUUCUGUUGAAACUGUCACAUUUUUGGUUGCUCUUAAAGUACGAUACAAGGACCGUAUCACGAUUCUUCGUGGUAAUCACGAAUCUCGUCAGAUCACCCAAGUGUAUGGUUUCUACGACGAGUGUUUAAGAAAGUAUGGGAAUGCCAAUGUCUGGAAGAUGUUUACGGACCUUUUUGAUUAUUUACCCUUGACUGCUUUGAUUGAAGAUCAAAUCUUUUGUCUUCAUGGUGGUCUCUCGCCCUCGAUUGAUACAUUGGAUCAAGUCAGAUCCUUGGACCGUGUGCAAGAAGUACCUCAUGAGGGUCCAAUGUGUGAUCUUUUAUGGUCUGACCCUGAUGAUCGAUGUGGUUGGGGUAUUUCUCCUCGUGGUGCAGGUUAUACAUUCGGUCAAGAUAUCGCAGAGACAUUCAACCAUAACAAUGGCUUGACACUGGUAGCAAGAGCCCAUCAAUUGGUCAUGGAAGGUUAUAACUGGAGUCAUGACCGUAACGUAGUUACCAUCUUUAGUGCUCCUAAUUACUGCUAUCGUUGUGGCAACCAAGCUGCUAUCAUGGAGAUUGACGAGCACAUGAAAUACACAUUCCUCCAGUUCGAUCCUGCUCCUAGACGUGGUGAACCACAUGUUACCAGACGUACUCCUGAUUACUUUUUGUAA